AUGCCCAGAUUGCUUAAUGAAGAAACAUGAACAAACACGUGUUGGAGAUCGAUCCGGUUUCGGCCUUGAGUGUGUUGAGCAAUUUGAAACGUCUUCAUUUAGUAUUUCGGCUGACUUUGGGGUGUAUUUUUAGGGAAUAAGUAACAAAACGUGUGGCCUUACUUCAAAUCUAAGAUGUAUCAGGGCGUUAAGUUACCCCUGUGCCUCAUAUGUGGGUUAUAUUCACAGGAUAUCCAGAAGCACCGUCAGGGCUUUCCGUCCUCUCUGAAGUUGUCUAAUGGUUAUAUUUUACCUGAGGGCAAGAUGACGCCCAACACACUGUUCGUCGGCGGGAUUGACAUGAAGGUGGAUGAGAACGAGAUCCUAGAGUUCUUUGCCAAGUAUGGGUCUGUAAAAGAAGUGAAAAUCAUCACUUAUCGAGGAGGAAUAUGCAAAGGGUAUGGUUUUGUUUAUUUCAGCGAGGACGUUGAUAUCCAGACUAUCGUUGAUCAGCCGAUCAGUUUUAAAGGGAAAAAACUCAAACUGGGACCUGCCAUCAUGAAAGAGCGAAAUUCUCUAUUUCCAGGUUCCGUGUCAUCUCCAAUGAUUGGUCCAUCACAGUGGAUAAGCCCCAGCCCGUAUGUGUACUGCAGCUGCUGUCCCCCAGGCCUGGCCCCGCCCUCACCUGUCUUCAAUGGAGGGAAUCAAUACAUGCAGCCUUACACGUACUCCAGUCCUCCAGGAUUUAUUGUCCCACAGGUGCCCAUGAACUAUGCACAGACCACAUAUGCAUACCAGUAUCCCCUGCCACAGUGGUGUGGAGAGCAGAGGACGAGGCUUGUCAAUCAGAACUAUGUGGAUUGUGGAGUCCAGACUUUGCUAACCCUUCUGUAGCCUUCAGCACUAGCACAGACUCCUUUUCUUGGGUAGAAUCCUAUAGAAGCAGAGGAGAACAACUUGAUGGAGAUCAAGCAAUGAACUUCGUUGUCCAAACUUUCAAACACCUUUGCAAAUAGGGUCACCCUGGGUGUGAUGUGAAGGUGUAUAUUGAGGGAAUGACAUUUAUGAUCAUACGAUCAUACUGUAACCUAAUUCCUCACAUCCACACACUGAAACAUUUGACGAGCUUUCUUCGCUUUGGCUUGUUCCACCCAUUUAUUUGUAUUGUCUGUGUUUUUCUUUCUUUGUCAUGGCUAACUAACUUUAAAGACACUUUUAAGCUCACAAAUACAUAUUUAUAUUUUACGUUUGCUUAUUUUAAAGUUUGACUCACUGUUGGUGAUGCACUGUAUGCAUUUAGGUAACUGUUCUGACUGUGUUUUAAAUCAAUGUUCAUUUGAUUACUUUAUUUAGGCUGGCGAGUGUUCACUGUUAAACUAGUUUUAUUUUGGGGUUUUCACAUUCAGGGCACAUGU